GCGGAAAAACUAGACACGGUCCUCACUCUUGUGCCCAAAUUCAUACCCAAAUUUGGCCAUGGCUGUCGUACCUAACAUAGAUCACUGAGCAAGGAGUGAAGAACAGGAACUGAUCCGAUUUACAAAUCUCUUUAAUUUUUCCUUCAUCCAUUCAAAAAUCUCAUCUUUUCCUUUCGGCAUGAAUGAGCAAAGAAAUGAGGAAACCCAAUUGAUUGAAAUCGAAGAAACAUUUCAGAGAUUGGAGGAGCUCAUUCAAAAGGUUGAUGAUAGCGUUGUUUCUGAGGAUACCCAGAUGGAAAACUUGAUCAAUUUGGAGUACCCAGAUGAGAAUAAUGAUCAAAAAGUUGAAAUUAGUGAUGGGAUUUUGAUGAAUAUGGUGGAAAUUGAUGAAAAUUUGGCUAGAAGUUCUGUUGAUAGUUCACUUUCAAUUCAAUCAUUCAAAGGGAGAUGUUACACUAAGAAGCUGAGUCUAAUGGAGUUGGCAACUCUUUUUGAACAUUAUGCAAAAUCUGGUGCAUCAAUCCUUGAACUUCAAGGAAAGUUAAUGUCUGAUGUUGAAUGGCUUCCUUUAACCCUUGUAAAAUUGUCAAAUUUGACUGAACUUAACAUAUCAAAGAAUGAAAUCAUGGCCCUUCCAUCAAACAUGGGUGAACUCAAGGCUUUAAAGAAGUUAAACAUCGAAUCGAACCAACUAAUAAACCUUCCUGAAUCAAUUGGUGAGAUAACAGGUCUCACUCACCUUGAUCUUCAUGGUAAUAGGCUAAAAUCUUUGCCAUCUUCCUUUCAGAAGUUAGUAGAACUUGCCCAUCUCAAUUUGAGCUCGAAUAUGUUCAACCGAUUGCCUGAUUCAAUCGGUAACUUGAUCUCAUUAGAGAAGUUAAAUCUCAAAGCAAAUGAACUCGAAGAGCUUCCUAGUGAUAUUGGUUCAUGUGCAUCUCUAGUAGUGUUGCAUAUAGAUUUUAAUCGCUUAAUGGCUCUUCCUGAGACAAUUGGAAACCUUAAGAAGCUCGAAAUUUUAACCCUUCGAUAUAACCGGUUGAUGGAUCUACCGGGAUCAAUUUGCAAUCUUCAAAGUUUGGAGGAACUCGAUUUAAGUUUUAACGAGCUCCAAUCAAUCUCGGAAAGCUUGUGUUGUACGACGAACUUGAAAAAAUUGAACAUUGGGAACAACUUUGUUGAUAUCACUUCCUUGCCAAGCUCAAUUGGCAACCUUGCAAUACUCGAGGAGUUGGACAUAAGUUGUGAUCAAAUUAGAGUUUUGCCGGAUUCUUUCAGGUUCUUAUCGAAGCUGAGAGUAUUUCUUGCUGAUGAUACACCACUCGAAACUCCCCCAAUUGAAAUUACUAAGCUCGGAGCUCAGGCUGUUGUUCGAUACAUGGCUGAAGUUGUUCAUAAAAGCAACCGAUUUCCAAAUCAUAUGAUGAAGGAAAGAAGGGGAUUGUGGUCUUGCAUUCUGUCUUGUUUUUGUCUUGAUGAAGUAGUUCCCAUGGAAACAAGUUAGGGAUACUUGAACCUUGUGUACUAUCCUCUUGGUGAAUGUUUUAACUGUAUAUUGUUUCACUUUUUGUGCUGUAUACGUGCAUGCUUGAGACUCUAAUUGAAAAUAAUGUUGUAAAUGUUUCCUUUGAAUCAAAAGAGUAUGAUGAUGUGAAUCCAAAGUCAUUUUUUUGUAUGUAGUUA